CUCAGACCGUCUUUUCUUCUUGUUCGUGCAUGGAAAACAGUUUGUGUGAGGGAAAAAAAGUUGAAAAUUGAUACAGUACAGUAUUGCUUUUUACAGCAAAGAAUAAUUGAAAAAUGUUGGUCGAAUCGCGAAUUUCCCUCACUCUUUUCUCCGUCUUGCUCUGCGGCUAUUUUUCAACAUCCCGAGUGAUGGCAUACGACUGCUACGUGUGCUCGGACCUGGACGGCUGGUCAACGAAUCGGAUCGUCAACACAGGUGGCGAUACCAACAACAACAAGAAUGAGGCCAGCUCAACUGGGCCAGCAGCCCCAGGAGCUCGGGCCACCAACGAGGACCCGUGCAAGCAGUUCGACGACAACGACGAGAGCCUCGUGGGCAGCAACAUCACCUACUAUGGCCGUCUGCAGGGUGUGCAGGCCGACGAGAGCUGCAUUGUGCUCUUUGACAACAAAGUAAAAUCUUGGAGAGGUAAGUGGAAAAGAACCACGUGCUGGAGGAGA